GUGAUUGAGGAGGAGAAACUUCAAGAAAAUUGCGCAGUUGUAGGCGAUUACCUGUUGAAGCAGCUUGCGUCGAUCAAAAGCCCAUUGAUAGGAGACGUCCGCGGGAAGGGACUCAUGACUGCUGUUGAAUUUGUUGAUGAGGAUGGGAAGCCGCUACCAGCAAACCGCAUGGCUGAUUUGUUUGAAAAAGUAAAGGAUAAUGGUGUACUAGUCGGAAAAGGAGGUCUGUAUGGUAACUGUUUCCGUAUCAAGCCACCGAUGUGCAUCACGAAGAAGGAUGCGGACAAAUGUGUCUCAGCACUCGCAGACGCUCUCAAACACAUAGCAUAA